CAGGGAGAGGUCAAAACGAGAAGGAAAUUGUAGGAGGCAGGGCAGUGUGUUCUCUGUCUCCAUCUUUGCCCUUUGGGAUAAAAGGGCUUUUCUAUCCUUUUCUUCUCUUCAGCCCCCGCACCCAGUAAAGGCCAGGCCUGGGACAUUCUCCGCUUCCCUUCGCUUCUCCCUCUGGGAGCCCCUUUUGCCGCCUCCUGUGUCUUGUUUCGGGUGAUGCCUGAAAGGGAGCUGUGGCCAGUGGGCCCCGGCACGGAACCCGUGACCCGCGUUGGCAGCUGCGACAGCAUGACGAGCACCAACUCCACUCACUCAGGAUUUAGUGACAGCAGCUACGACUUCCUAUCAGCAGAAGAGAAAGAGUGUCUGCUUUUCUUGGAAGAGACCAUUGGCUCCUUAGAUAAAGAGGCUGACAGUGGGCUCUCUACUGAUGAGUCUCAGCCAGCUACACCCCAAGGUCCAAGGACACAGCCUGUUCUCCAGGGCUACCAAGAGGAAAGAUUGACUCAGGGGAGACCAGAGCAGAAGAGAGACAUUCAGUCUACCACAACCCGUCUUCGACAGGACCUGAGUGUUAAGUCUGGCUCCCACAGCCUGCCCAGGAACAUCCAUAUUAACCGGGACCAGAGCCUUAGGGAGGGCUCCGCCUGUCGCCCUAGUCAGUCUGAAGGUCAUAUCCCUAGAGGGCUGGUGUUGGCACCUUUGGGACACAGGACCAGCAGAGUAGUCCCGCCUGUCUCCCCAGGUACACCUGAAUUAGAGGAGGUCCUCUUACCACCACCAGAGGCUUUCCGGGACACUUACCAAGAGCAAGACACCAGAAGGAGCCAGUUUCUUAAAGAGAAGACAAGGUCAGGCCAAGACAGCUUGCCCUUGCCCCGUGCAGCACCUGUGACCCAGGAGAAGAAGGAAGUAUUUCUGGAGACGAUGUCCCAAGGAACUAAGGAGGUCUUGGAGGGGCUCCCAAGGCAACCAGGGCUGCCGCUGCCCUUGUCCUCCGAAAACCUGGGAUCUGAAAACUUAACCAUCCCACUCGGGGAUGAGAAGAGUCCUAAAUUUGCUCCCCCAACAGCCCCCAAGUCCCGGAAACUCCCCCCCAACAUCAUCCUGAAAACCAGCAGAAGUAACUUCCCUAGCGACCCCCAGAACCGCUUCUCUCACCGUUCUCAGGCUACCUCCAGAGAUUCGACUCCGGACCAUGCCAGUUCUGCCUCCUCUGGACUCCAGGAGCAGAGGAGAGCAAGGCGGGAGGCACUAGAGAAGCUGGGACUCCCCCAGGACCAAAGUGAUGAGCCCAGUCUCCAGCGGGCCAAGUCCGGUAGCAUCCUCAGGUCCAGGCAAUCCCCACCUCAGGCUUCCACUUCAGCUCCCGCACCAGUCCGGGCUCCAGCUCCAGCCCCUGCUCCUGCUCCAGUCCGGGCUCCAGCUCCAGCCCCUGCUCCUGCUCCAGUCCGGGCUCCAGCUCCAGCCCCUGCUCCGACUCCAGUCCGAGCUCCUGCUCCAGUUUCUCAAGUUCUAGCUUCUGGCCCUUCAGCUAGGGCUCAGGGUCCUCCAUCCACUCCCAUCCCCAUCCCAAAGCCCACGAGAGUUAGCAGUGUUGACAACAGCCCCCCAGCCCAGUCAAGCCCUGGCUCCAGACUGGCUCUCAAGGAGGGCUCCAUUCCUGGUCUUCGGCAGAUGAACUUCAAGUCCAACACCCUGGAACGCUCCGGGGUCGGGCUGAGCAGCUACCUCUUGGCCGCAAAGGACAAUGCGCCCCAAACCAGCACCUCUCUGGGCAAGGUCCCCAUUCUGGAGAAGACCUCCCCAAACGUCCUCCGCAACACCAGGCCCCGGCCAGCGUCUUUGGGGGGAGGGAAAGACUUUGCCAGCAUCCAGGUAGGCAAGCUGGCUGAUUUGGAGCAAGAGCGGAAUUCCCAGCGCUUCUCCUACCCUGGACAGAGCCGAGACAAGCUGCCCAGGCCCGCCUGUGUCAGUGUUAAGAUCACCCCCAAAGGCAUUCCAGAUGAACACCGUCGGGAGGCCUUAAAGAAACUGGGUCUGCUCAAGGAGUAGACGCCGGGGCUUCUGGGUGAGCAGAGGCAUUAGAAGCUCUGAAAGGACUCCCUCUGCUUCUGCAGUAUGACAGAGGAGCAGAAGGCUACCUCUUGGAUGCUCUCAUAGGUCCAGAUUUGAAGGGGAAUGCAGACAGAGACAGAGAGAUUCAAGAAGUCUAAGCCUUGACCUUCCCUGAGGCUGUCAGUGAAGUUACCAAGAAGCUGCCCUGAAAAUAUUUCCAUAAAUGUGUGUGUGUAUGAGAGAGAGAGAAAUAUAGUUCUAUAAUAAUGUGAGAUAAUAUUGUUAAUACAGGAUGUCCCAAAAGUCUGAGUACAGUUUUGAAUUUAUUAAAGCUUCUGUUUUAAGGUUAUUAAAGUUUGAAACUGCACUCAGACUUUUGGGACACAUUGUAUAUAUUGCUCUGUAUAAAUAUAUAUAAAUAUAUAAUUGGGAAUAUUUAUAAUACAAUAGAUAUAGUUUUCUGGGUCUCUGAUCUUGAAAGAGGUUCCUCUUCACUUGCUGGUGUCCAGCUGAAUGGGAAGAAAAAAUAAAUAAGGGCAGCCCUCUACGAAUUCAGGUCAAUACCUUAUACCUUCUCUGUCCUAGGAGAAUUGAGAAGUUAAGUGAUUUUUCCCGGAGUCACUCAGAUCCAAAGCAUUUUCUGUUUCUGAGGCAACUUUCUACCCAUUCCCUAUACUGUCUCUCUAAAAUGAAGUAACUUUCAUGAAAGUCCCUUUAAAAGAAGGUACCUUAUUUUAUUUUAAAGUACUUUUAAAAGGAUUUGCAAACAUAGUAUAUAAAUGUGGGCCUAUUAGGAUCUGGGCAGUGAAUCAAGAAGCCUCGACUCCAUUUCUACAUUGGGGCUCACUGGUUCCUGCUGGUAUACGUUCUUUCCCCUCACCUGAGACCCUCUGACUGGGGCAGAGGGACAAGGGGAGAGGCCAGACAUCCAUCUCACCUUUUUUCUCACUGUCUCCUUCCCCAGGGUAUGGGUUGUUGGCAUGAAGUCACUACUCAAUAAUUCUUGGGAAGAGAUACUUCUUCUCACCACCUUGCUCCACUUCCUUCUCUACACAUCUUUAUUUUGGAAGAGUCCAUAGUCCAGAGGCUUAGACAGUAAAGAGCUCUAUCAUCUUGACACCUUAAAGCACCAGCCCAAAUGAUCAUCUUAUCCCUUGGUCACACUGCACUUGGAGUGAGUAGGCCCCAGGGCUUCCAGGUGUACCACUUGCCCAGGAAUUCAAUACUUUCAGUUUUCCUUCAGAAUCUUCAGUCAUUCCCUUGGGAACAUUUACAAAUAUCCAUAACUCCCUGUAGGCAAGGGAUGGGGAUGUAAGUACUAUAAACUCCUCAUGGCAGGGCAUACAAAGAAUUUUAGAGUCAAGAGGACUUUUAGGAAUCAUCUAAGCCAAUUCUGUCAUUUUAUGACAACCAAGUCCCAAAGAAUGUAAAUGACUUGCCCAGGAUUAUACUGGGACAGAAGUGUGACUAGAAUAGAGAUCUUUAGUCUCAUAAGCUAUAUGAUGCUGCCUCUAUUAACCAGGGAUUAAUAGAUACUCCUUUACUUAAAUGUAUGACUUUGGGUAAGUCCUUUGACCUCAGAAGCUUUCUUUCCUCCUCUGUAAAGCUAGGAUCAGGAUAUGUGCACUACCUACCUCACAGGGUUGUUGUGAGGUAUAAAUGAGAUAAUCUAUAGAGGGCACUUUGUUAAAUAUAAAGCACUAUAUAAAUACAAGCUGAUAUUAUUUUGUAUUAUUCUGAGAUGGUCAAGGCACUGAGCAAUCAUGUAGUGCACUAUGAGAAAGCAAAGAUUAAAUUUCUUUUAGUAUAAUUUA